AUGAACGUCGAAAACUGUGGACAGGGUAUCCAAGAGCCAACCUUUCACCACACUUCCAACAUUCAGGCGAUCAAGGAAGAUUUCUAUAGCAAGGGAAUUGCCUUCAUUGAGGGAUGUGACGAAAGAGCCCUAGCUGCGUUAGCAAAAGGAUUUGGAAGCAUUGUCAAACCUCGUAACGAGAGCACCAGUUGCAGUGGCAUUAGCAACAUUCGAUUUGCUCCUUCGCUCGUUGGAAAGGGAUAUAGCUCUCAAGAGCUUCACUUCCACACUGAUCGUAGUGGCUGGGACAACCCUCCUCGUGUUCUAGCUUCCCUUCUAAAGAGCAAAUCCACUGAGGGAGGUGCCUCGAUUCUCGCCGACAGUGCUCGCAUCCUCAAGGACAUUCAGAAAGAGGGAGAUGAUCUUUACAAGCUGAUAACCAACUCCAAACACUCCAGGUUCCUUAACGAAGAGGGUGUGCUUGUGCCCCGUCCGAUUUAUGACGAGACCACUGGCUUGUUUCGUUUCCGGUUCGAUGACAGUAUCCAGCUCUCUGCAUCCCUUGUCGCUCGCGUCCGUCGAUUAUUUAAGAUCUUAUAUCGCAAUGCCUUUGCCGUGGAGCUGCAGCAGGGGCAGGGUUAUUUGCUCGAUAAUCACCGAUUCCUACACGGACGUACUGCAUUCAGUGGCUCGCGUGAGCUACUUAGGGCACUAGUCAACUUGCCGCCCCCGCAGCCCACUCUGAAUCUUCUUUUUGACAUCGACGGGACCCUCUGUCGCUCCGAGGAGCUCAGUGUUGAUGCAUUCUACACCUGCCUGACCGAUAUCGUCGGCAGGCCUAUAACUCAUGCAAACACCAGCGUGAGUCUGCAUGGGAGAACCGACCUAGGCCUGCUUUAUGAUAUACUUGGCUACCACGGCGUACAGUCCAAGACUUGUGUUGCCGAGAGGUUUCUCCAAGCACACGCCUCGUACAUGCAGAAAUCCAUCGACAAGGGAUUCUUCGCGGUAACUUGUCCUGGAGUUGCUGAAACCUUGAAGUGGCUCACCCAGAAAAAAGAAAUCCUUACUACGCCAGCCAUCCGAAUCGGGCUCAUGACCGGGAACUCAAAGUCUAAUGCCCUUUUGAAGCUCAGCUCUGCUGGCAUCAACAUCUCAAUCUUCGACCUGGCUAUCUCCUCGUUCGGAGACGCCCACAUGGACCGCAUCUCUCUCGUCAAGGACUCCAUGGCCAAGAUCCGCGCCAGAGAUGGCCGCGACCUUCCUAAGAGCAAGACUAUUGUUAUCGGAGACACUCCUCUCGACGUCGAGUGCGCGAAGGAAGCAGGGUGUGCCGUUGUUGCUGUCGCAAGCGGAAACUAUGGUCUUGACGACCUUGCUGCUCUUGAGCCGGACACUGCUGUUUCGCAUAUCGGUGAGGCGAAGGUUUUUCUCCAGUCGCACUUUGUACCUUCCAUAACUGUGACUGGCCCUUGA